AUGUCGCUCUCGCCACCACAAGCAAUUACAGGACCACCAUCGCCAGGUCCAUCAGGAUACGAUCGAUCAGUCACUGUACCACAACUCGCCGCUGCUCUAGGGCAACAGGCUCAUCUCCAGGCAGAAAGACGACAGCACAGCAUCCAUGAACAAGGCAGGGCAUCUGUCGAUACUGUCUCUUCUGACAAGCUGAAUGAUCUGGGACCAGAAGACACCCCCAAAAGCUAUGACGGCAAAGAGGGAGCAUCUCAGUCAGGCAAACAAUUUGGCUCACCUCCAACUCCGACCAUCGUACUUCCAACAUCAGCAGCAUGGAAGACGUACUUCAUGCAAGAGGUAGCUGGCGACAAGUACUUGGGGCUUCAACUACUUCUCAUGACCGUUUCCACUGGUAUACUGGACGCAAUGGUACGUUUGCACCCCUACGAAACCCAAGACACUGCAUCCUGGUCGAGUCAAUUCGCUCCACGGAGCACCCAUGUGCUGGCAGGGAACCAAAACAAGCAACGCCCAGCUUUUGCCAAUACGUCCGAUCUUCAGCUGCCAAUGCGCCAACACCUGCACCCACAAACCCCAGCAUCCGAUACAAAUGUUAACUUGAUACCUUCUCACUUCAGACAUACGCGUCCUACAACGUCUUCGCCUCCAAACAGACCGGAAACACGCUUUUCCUCGCCCUCUACGCCUUCCGUGUCCCGGGCACACUCAACCCCGGCGUCGAACAAAACGUCGGCGUAAGCAUGGGCGUCUUCAUCGCCGGCGCAAUCUUCUUCGGCCACAUUGGUCAUUUCUCCCGCCAACAACGACGGAUCUGGCUUCUCAUCUCCAACGCUUUCCAAGCACUACUCAUGCUCGCAGCCGCCGCGAUCCGAUACUUCUAUUCGCGCAACUCGACCGGUCCCGGUGCUCUGGCCAUUCUCGCACUCUUGAGUUUCGCAGAAUCCGGACAGAUAGCCAAUGCGCUGAAUGUGGCCAUGCCCGAGCUCAACACCACCAUGGUCACCGGCGCGCUGAUUCAACUCUGCACGGAUAAGAAUUUCUUCGCUCUCAAGAACGCCAAGAGGAAUCGGAGGCUGGCAUUCUACGCGUCCAUGUUGACGGGCUGUUUCAUCGGCGCCGCUCUUCUCAAGUAUUCCAGUCCCAGUGCCGCUCUGGUAGUUUGUGCCGCUACGAAGGGCUUGCUUUUCGUUUCCUUUUUCUGUAAUCGGGGCUUGGUGGAGAAGAGGUUUGGUUUGGAAGAUGGGAGGGAAAAGUCUGAGGGGACCGUUACGCCUGCUUCUAGAGUUCUCUGGGGGGAUUAG